ACGACGCUCUUCGAACGCGUCGGCGGCGAAGACGCCCUCACCGCCGCCGUGGACCUGUUCUACGAGAAGAACCUCGCGGACGAUCGCAUCGCGAGCAUGUUCGAGGGCGCGGACAUGGACGCGCUCAAGAAGCACCAGUUCAACUUCAUGCGCGUGGCGUUCGGAGGCGACGCGAGCGCGUACGGCGGACGCGGUAUCUUCGCCGCGCAUAAAAACCUCAUGCUCGAGAAGGGCCUGGACGAGCGUCACUUCGACUGCGUCGCGGAGAACCUCGUCGCGACGCUGCGGGAGCUUCGCGUCGCGAAGGACGUCGUGGACGACGUCGUCGCCGUG